CGACCCCCUGCCGCUCCUCCCGUGGCGCCGCCGGACCGCCGCCCCUCCCCACCCCGCCGUCCGCCGUCCUGCCCCACGCCGCGCGGCCCUCACCCACCGACGGCAUCGAUUGCGGCACGGCGGUGCUCCUGCGGCGGCGGCGACGACGCGGUCGGGCGCUGCUGGUGACCACGGCUUCUUCGAGGCCCCGCGGAAUCUCGACAAGGAUACAUUCCAAGUAAGAAACUGUCAGUCAUCUAGCAGUCGGUACCUCUGACCUUCAAUGGCGCAGCCAUCGGCUAAAAAGACGCUGUCGGUGUACCUGUACAUCCCUAACAUCAUUGGAUAUUUCAGGAUCAUCAUGAACUUCAUUGCAUUUGCUGUGUGCUAUACCAACAGAACACUCUUUGCUAUCCUGUACUUCUUCAGCUUCUUCUGUGAUGGCUUGGAUGGUUGGUUUGCCAGGAGGUUCAAUCAAGCAUCAACAUUUGGAGCUGUGUUGGACAUGGUAACAGAUAGGGUUAGCACUGCUUGUUUGUUGGCGCUUCUCUCACAGUUUUACAGACCUGGCUUGGUUUUCAUACUGUUACUUGGGUUGGACAUCACAAGCCACUGGUUUCAAAUGUACAGUUCUUUCCUAUCAGGUAAGACUAGCCACAAGGAUGUGAAGCACACAGGCAAUGGACUUUUGAAGUUAUAUUAUGGAUAUCGGCCCUUCAUGGCGUUCUGUUGUGUUGCUUCUGAGGUUCUGUACAUUAUCCUGUUUCUCUAUGCUGACGCGAUGUCCACAAGCUUGCUUAAUACGUGCAGAGGUAUUCUGAAGGAAAGUCCCCUCGUUGUCUUCAUGUUCAUUUCAACUCUAAUUGGGUGGGCACUCAAACAAGUGAUUAAUGUCAUCCAGAUGAAAACAGCAGCAGAUGCUUGUGUGGCGUACGAUUCGAAAAGAGGCAAGUGAGCAAAAAGGACCAUGUUUUAGUUUUCAUUUGCGCGGGCAUAUUCAAGAAAAACAUACCGUCAGGCGGGCUUGGUUGUAAGGCACAUAUGGUGGCUCCUUGAUGUAUCUUUUAACAUGUCUCCGGUCCGAGGGUCGACAUUCUGGGGGGAAAGCAGCAUGUGGAAAGAAAAGGGAGAACUGCUUUUUUUAACAAAAACACAGGGAUCGACAAGCUCUGUAUUGUGUAUGUCUUUUCUACAUGAUGAUACGAUCUUUCUUUGCGUAGCAGCCUCGUGCUUUGGUUACUAGUACUAGGCCAGAAAUGAUGAUGGUGCCUCCCUCCCGUUGUACCAGUGUACAUGCCAACAUUUACUUGGUUAUUUUCUUUGUGGUUUGUAAGCUGCCUGGGAAUUGUUUUUCCUCAUUCUGCAUGAAAGUUUGCUUGGAAAUUUUCUUUAAAAA